AUGAUUGAAGUAACGAUUGCUGUGGCUGAAUUUUGCAGCAAUCUUUCAAAACUAACAUUAAACUAUUCCGACAUCCUCGAAAUGUAUGCUGAUGUCGUUGCUUCCAGUCUAGAGCUUAGCGAAAAUUCAGAUGAAAUUAUUGAUACAGCUCCUCCAUUUAAACCUAUUGAAUUGAGCGAUAGUUCAGAUGAAGAGAUCAUAAUACCUAAAAAAUACAGUAAAAAAGCAAAUUCAGAAAAUGAAUCUCCAAAGCGAGCUUCAACAAGAAAAUCAGUCAUUCCAUGGACUUCUGAAGAGGAAGAGGCAUUGAUUAGAGGCAUUAAAAAGUACGGUUUAGGAAUGUGGUCAAAAAUUCAUGAUAAAUACAGCGAUAUCUUCUCAGUCAAUGGAAGAACUACUACAGGUCUAUCUAGAAAAUGGUCUCGACUGAAAUCACAGCCAGAAUAUCAAGAUCUGGCCAAUAAUUUGCCAACAAAAUCAAAGAAAUCUUCAAAAACGGUCCAAGGACAGAAUUCUAUAUCAACAUACUUCCCGACUAAUGAAGAUUCGAAAAAAUAG